GCUGCGUGCGUCCACGCUGUUGUUGGGUAGAAACAUGGCGGAGCAGCUACAGGCUACACACACCACUGGAGACGGGGCUCCAGCAUCAAAUAUCGACUGUUCAAGUGUCGGAGAAACCGAAGAACCAGCCAAAAGCUUCAAAGAUUUGGGAGUAACGGAAGUACUGUGUGAAGCAUGCGAUCAGUUGGGCUGGAGACAGCCGACUAAAAUCCAGGUUGAAGCAAUACCUGUAGCACUGGAGGGACGGGAUGUUAUUGGGCUGGCUGAGACUGGGUCAGGGAAGACAGGUGCCUUUGCUCUGCCCAUCUUGCAGUGUCUGUUGUCCUGUCCCCAGAGGUUGCACUCUCUGGUUCUUACCCCCACACGUGAGCUGGCCUUCCAGAUCGCCGAGCAGUUCGAGGCUCUUGGCUCUAGCAUUGGAGUUAAGACAGCUGUCGUCAUUGGUGGAAUUGACAUGAUGUCACAGGCAUUAGUGCUGGCAAAGAAACCACAUGUAGUGAUUGCUACCCCUGGCAGGCUAAUCGACCACUUGGAGAACACCAAAGGUUUUAACCUGCGAGCGCUCAAGUUCCUGGUGAUGGAUGAAGCUGACAGGAUCCUCAACAUGGACUUUGAGUCUGAGGUGGAUAAAAUCUUGAAGGUGAUCCCCAGAGAGAGGCACACAUUCCUCUUUUCUGCCACCAUGACUAAAAAGGUUCAGAAGUUGCAGAGAGCAGCGUUAAAAGAUCCAGUGAAAUGUGCCGUUUCCACGAAAUACACCACAGUGGACAAAUUACAGCAGUACUACAUAUUUAUUCCAGCCAAAUACAAGGACUGUUACCUGGUUUCUAUACUGAAUGAGUUGGCUGGAAACUCCUUUAUGGUUUUCUGCAGCACCUGUAAUAAUGCCCAGCGGGUGGCGCUGUUACUGCGAAACCUGGGCAUCACUGCCAUUCCACUGCAUGGACAGAUGAGUCAGAAUAAGCGCCUAGGAGCUCUUAAUAAGUUUAAGUCGAAGUCUCGCUCCGUAUUGCUGGCUACAGAUGUGGCAUCUCGUGGUCUGGACAUUCCUCAUGUUGACUGCGUCAUUAACUUUGACAUCCCAACACACUCAAAGGAUUACAUCCAUCGAGUGGGCAGGACGGCUAGAGCCGGACGUUCUGGUAAAUCCAUCACAUUUGUAACGCAGUAUGACGUGGAGCUUUUCCAGCGAAUAGAAGCUUUGAUUGGGAAGAAACUGCCUGCUUUCCCUACCCAAGAGGAGGAAGUGAUGAUGUUGGUGGAGAGAGUGAGCGAAGCACAGAGAUAUGCGCGAGUUGAGAUGAAGGAGCAAGGAGAGAAGAGGAAAAGAUCUAAAGCUGGAGAGGAAGAAGGUGAUGAUGCCGAACACUCCAGUGGUGUGCGGAAAAAAGUCAAAGGAGGGAAGUUUGUUGGAAGGAAAGGUGGCAUGUCCAGGAGGGGGCGCUAGAUGCUUAUUCCUCUUUGCAGAUAACAUUGGAUCACGGAGGAUCUGGCGCUGGUAGUAUUCCCUUUGUAACCCCACCCCU